AUGGCUGCACCACAUCCUCUGUCUGCACUCACGGUGCGUGAGACUAACCUUGCUCGUGAUAUUGUCAAGGCGUCUCACCCCGGUUCACUGCUGUUCUUCAGACAGUCGUACCUGUUUGAGCCGCCUAAGGAAGAAGUCCUGAGAUUUCUUGAGCUUGAACACUCUGGGGCUCUUACUGCUGCUUCGCCGAGACCUGAUCGCUGCGCGCAGGUUUUCUACGAUGUCAUUGGUGGAGACCAGAAGUCGGUUUACUAUGAGUCUGUGGUUGAUGUUACGAAGCGGAGUAUCGUUGCGCAGGAGAUUAUCAGCGAGGAGCACCAGGCCAGUCUGACUACUGCUGAGUUUGAUAUCGUCGUUGAGUCUUGCAAGAGAUCAAAGAUGUUUCAGGAUAAACUCAAGGAGAUUAAGCUCCCCGAGGGAUUCGAAACAGUCAUUGAGCCCUGGCCCUACGGUGCACCAGAUCUAGAAGAUGGCAACACUCGCUACUUCCAGGCACUCGUCUUUGCGCGUGAUGCUCGCAAGGGUCAAGACUCCAACUUUUACGCUUAUCCCAUGCCUUUGAUCCCCGUCAUGGACGCAGCUACCAAGGAGAUCAUCCGCAUUGAUGAGCCAGCUACAGGUGGCAAGGAUGAUAGCCUUACUGGCAAGACUUAUGCUACUGGAGCUAUUGAUCAUUGCCAGAGCGCAGAGUACGUCCCUGAGCUUUUGGAGAAUGGGACGAGGAAGGAUUUGAAGCCCUUGAUGGUUGUGCAGCCCCAAGGACCGAGUUUCUCGAUUACAGAGGGGAACUUGAUUCAGUGGCAGAAGUGGAGAAUGAGGGUUACGUUUAAUCCUCGUGAGGGAGCUGUCAUCCAUGAUAUUCGCUAUGACGGACGUCCUGUUCUUUACAGAUUGAGCAUCAGCGAUAUGACUGUUCCCUAUGCUGAUCCUCGUCCACCUUACCACCGCAAGCAAGCCUUUGACUUUGGCGACGGGGGUCUCGGCCACUGCGUCAAUAACCUCACUCUCGGCUGCGAUUGUCUCGGCGUGAUCAAGUACUUCGACGGUGUCCUCACAGACGCAGAUGGUUCUGCGCAGGAAACCAAGAACGUCAUCUGUCUGCACGAGCAAGACAACGGCAUCGGCUGGAAACACACCGACUGGCGAACCGGUCGCGCAGUCGUGACCCGCCGCCGCGAACUCGUCAUCCAAUUCAUCAUCACCCUCGCUAACUACGAGUACGUCUUCAACUACAAGUUCGACCAAGCAGCCGGGAUCCAUGUUUUCUGCGUGCGCAUCGACCCUUCUAUCGACGGUCAUGAGAACACCGUUGUGCAGGAGGAGAGUCUGCCUUUGAGAAUGGACAAGAGGACGAAUCCUAAUGGGAACAUGUAUGAAGUGCGUCAGACGCAGAUCACCACUUCUCAGGGCAUUGAUGCUGCGCCGUUUAGCAACAGGGUCUUCAAAGUGCAGAACCUGAACAAACUAAACCGUGUGUCGGGUAAACCGGUUGGGUACAAGAUCACACCACCACCAACACAACUCCUCCUCGCCGAUCCCAACAGCACACAAGCCAAGCGCGCGCUAUUCGCAAAGAAGCACUUCUGGGUUACCAAGUACAAGGACCACGAGUUCUUUGCGGGCGGACGGUACACGCUGCUUAGCAAGAGUGAGAUCGGGGGUGUGAGCGAUGCAGCUGAUCGGUGCGAUGAUGUGCUGAAUCAGGAUGUUGUGUGCUGGAGUGUGUUUGGACUCACGCAUAAUCCUAGGGUGGAGGAUUGGCCGGUCAUGCCGGUUGAGAUGCUGCAGUUGCAUAUUUCGCCUUCGGAUUUCUUUACGGGGAAUCCGGCGCUCGAUGUACCGUCUGAUAAGGAUGUUGCGUCGAGGUUGACAAGUGGGUGCUGUAAGGAGGAGGGACCUAAGCUGUGA